AUGACAAGUAACGCGGGCCCAGGUGCAGCCGCACCUACUCCUGUCAUAUCGUCAACUCAAACCCUCAGCGUGCCGGCGACAUUGCAAGCCGACGGUGCCGUUGGGAAUUUCACCGUUCCAGUCAUUGCUGAAGGAGCGACAAUUACGAACGUUCUCGUCCUGGUACCCACCGGACAAGGCAUUCGUUUUGGCAAAGAAUAUGGACUAUCACUACCGCCUGGCGAGAUAAGGUCUGACGGGUUUUUCACCGUCUCAUACAUGAUCAAUCCCGCGCAGAUCGUUUUCCAUUCUGCUUCCCCCACGGCUACUCCAACACCAACGAAUGCUGUGCCAUCCUCUGCUGCUCUGGGUGGUGGCCUUCCUCAGCCUUUGGAAGACAAAGCCAUCUCUGGCGAUGUCUCGAAAAUAAGUAAUGCCAUCAAGAAUCACGUCCAGAGUUACUACCAUACCAGCCGUGUUAACCCUGGUCUCAUCGACUAUGAGGACCUCCACGCACUUGGAUCAGGUCUACCAGUCUCGGUUGGAACGCUCACCACAUUGAUCGGGAAUGCUGCAACUAGAGAGAUCGCGCUAAGAUUCAUCAUCGCUUGGGUAAUCAUCUCGAAACUUCAACCCUCCAAAGAUCCUACAAAGAGCCUCUUGCCGUCCGAAAUCGCCCAAUGCUACCAAGCCGUCGCAUCUGGCGAUCGUGGCUAUCAAGCUCAAACAUCAUUGAUGGCGUGCUGGCGGGUCAUGACUGCUGAGUUGAUGCAGGCUAGCUACAUUCGCAAUCCCUUCGGUCCUUCCGACAGUCGACAUGCAAGCAUACAGGCAACGCUUGUGACACUAGACAAUGUUCUACAGCCAUACGCGGACUCGCGCAUGAACAAUGGCGAGCGCAAGCGGAAUCUUGAGGAAGUACUGAAGCGGGCUGCACUUUUCGCUUUCACUCUGUUUUCCCAGCCUAGCGCAUGGGAGUUCGAGUGGCAGGAGGAACAGGGUGUCACGUCAGGGGACUUGUGCAUUUUCCCCGCUCUUGUGCAAGUAGCGGACGAGGCUGGCAAUCCAGUCAGUCCGCCGCGGCCUUUCAGCGAGGCUGUGGUAAGACAGCUGGACGCAUGA